UCACACGGCAACGAUGGCUGUGAUCUCUGACAUUCCCGACGGUGAUAACGGCGGAGCUCCUAACAAGAAACCGCAAGAACAACCCGAAGAAGUGACUUCUUUGGAAUCAUUACCCGACGUUCUCAUCGAGCACAUCAUCGCAAGAGUCCCGAGAUGUAACCACCCGGAGAUAUCACUCGUCUCCAAACUCUUCCGUCGCAUCAUCGCUUCGCCGGGCCUCCGCCUCACGCGAUCCAACCUCGCCAUCUCCGAACACGUUCUUUACGCCUUGCUCGCGUUCCCUCCUCAUCCCCCGAGCUGGCACAUUCUCUAUCGAAGCAACGCUUCUUUACGGCUGCGCAGAGUCACCACACUCCCUCUCAUGCCUUAUGGCUCCGCCGUCGUCACUAUCGGACAUGACAUAUACGUUAUCGGUGGAAGCGACGGCACAAGAUACUUAUCGAACGUGACUGUCGUCGACUGCAGAACCCACACGUGUCGGUCUCUCCCGAGCAUGAGAGUCGCUCGAUUCCGCGCAGCCGCGGGGGUCAUUGACGGGAAGAUCUACGUAAUGGGAGGUUGCGAGAAUCGAAUAUCUAAAGAUUGGGUUGAGUCGUUCGAUCUUGAGAGACAGAUAUGGCUUGGAACGGGAGCGGAAGUAUCUGAUGAGAGUGGAGGGUUCGUGACGUAUGAUGUUGUGAAAGACAAGAUCUAUGUAUUGGGUCGUCGUCAAUCUCUAAACGUUUGCGAACCUAAAGAAGGUAGAAUAAUAAUAUGGGAGGGUGCUGCAAGUGAGUUAACGGGUUUGUGGCAAGGGUCUUCUUGUGUGGUUGAUGAUUUGUUGUAUACCAUUGAUCCUAUGUGUUGGCGUGGGCAUCCAAUAAUCGUUUUUGAUCCAGAGGAGGGUGUAGUGGAGGGGGUUUGGAAGCCUGUGAAAGGUGUAUAUGGUUUGCCUCCUUGUUUCCAUUGGUAUGCUUACGAGUCUAGAAUGGCGAAUGUUGGUGGGAAGUUGGUGAUCUUGGUCGGUAACCAGAGCCAGUUGUGGAAUUAUUACGGCGAUAAAUAUAUCUGGUGCGUGGAGAUUGCUUUGGAGAGGCGUCAAGGAGGUGAGAUUUGGGGGAGAGUUGAAUCAGUAGAUGUUGUGUUUAAAACCACCGAGUCCUCGCCUAUCAUUGAGCUUUGUCGGACUGUUAUCGUUUGAUGAGUACACGGGAUCGAUCUUGCAGGUGGAAGAUCUUAUAUUGCAUGUACUUGUUUAAGCAGUGUGGCUAAGAAGCUUUUAUCUGACGCCUGAAGAGUAACCUGUCCUUCUUUACUUACCUUUGUG